AAAAGGUAAUAUGAUGAUGUUGUGUAGUGUAUGUGUUGCCCACCGAACCUCAGGAGCCCAUUUUCAAAUUCCUCAAGCGUUGAUUCAAAUUGUGGGUGGCGAUAUUCAGAGAUUUGAAUCUCAAUCAGAAUCAGAUGCGCACACUCUACGCAACCGUAGCUCAGCAAUUGUAGAAAUCUCAAGCGUUCACACAAAUCUCCUCCAUAUGUUUGUGUGUGAGUGACGCAUAUUUGCAGGUAUUUUUUGUGGAUUCGGUAGUCCAGAUAAGAGGCGUAAACAUGGAAGGGAAGCGAGCGUAGUUUGGUCGGAGGAUUGAUUGAUGACCGCUUCAGAACAGGAUUUCUUCGGUGGGAGUAAUUUGAUGAGCUAGGGUUCCGAUUAAUUACUCGAUCGAGCAUGGGGUGAUUGAAUUUCGAGCUAUUUAGGGUUUGAUUUUGUGCGUUUUUCUAUCUCGGAUGCAUUCGUGUUACGGAGGUUGCUGGUUUUGAGUUUUGAUUGCUUCGAGUGCCCUUCAGCGAGGAGUUGGUACCUUUGAGGGCGAAAUGGAGCCUGGCAAUGUUGAUUAUGGUGUUGCACCUGAAGUUAGCGAGUUCCGACGAUCCCCUCAUAGGAAGUUCUCAACUUCUAAUGGAGCAAUGUGCGACCGAGAAACAAACACUGCUGUUCACGAACUACUUGAAUGCCCUGUAUGUUUGAGUGUAAUGUACCCUCCAAUUCACCAGUGUCCGAAUGGUCAUACCUUAUGCUCCAAGUGCCAGUCCAUAGUACAUUGCUGCCCAAUUUGUCGCCACGAGCUGGGGAACAUCCGGUGUUUGGCGCUGGAAAAAGUUGCAGAAUCACUCGAACUGCCGUGCAGAUACAAAAAUUCGGGCUGUCAAGAUAUAUUCCCCUAUCGAAGCAGGCUGAGGCACGAACAGAACUGCCGGUUCCGUCCCUACAAUUGCCCUUAUUCUGGAUCCGAAUGUCCUAUCACAGGUGACAUUCCAUACCUCGUGGGACAUCUCAAGAUCGAUCAUAAGGUCGACAUGCAGGACGGCAGCACUUUCAACCACAGAUACGUCAAGCCCGAUCCCCAAGAAAUCGAGAAUGCGACAUGGAUGCUAACAGUUUUCAACUGUUACGGGUAUCAGUUCUGUUUACACUUUGAGGCUUUCCACGUAGGCAUGGCGCCGGUUUACAUGGCAUUCGUCCGUUUUAUGGGCGACGAUGACGACGCCAAAAAGUUCAGCUACAGCUUGGAGGUCGGGGCAAAUGGCCGGAAGCUGACAUGGCAGGGAGUUCCGAGGAGCAUUCGGGACAGUCACACGAAGGUCCGGGACAGCAUGGAUGGCCUUGUGAUCCACCGGAGCAUGGCCCUCUUCUUCUCCGGCGGGAACGGGCAGGAGCUGAAGCUUAAAGUCUCCGGCCGGAUAUGGAAAGAAGAAGCUUAAAAGGCUCCCAUUGUCUUCCCUACAGGAAUGGUGAAUCAAUCCAUUGUGUGUGUUUUUUGCUCUUAGGAGAUGUCUGUAGCUUUGAAUCGAAUACAGUGUGAAAGAUAAAUAUUGUAUGGGAAAUGCAGCAAAAACAAGUGAGAUUGUUUAAAUAUC